GAAGAACAGCUCAGGAUUUUGUGCCUGUAGCAGGAGCUGGGGGAGGGGGAAGCAGACUACAACUCCCAGAAGCCUCUGCCCAUAGAAGAUGGUUGUCAUGGAGAUGGAGAGCAACAGUCCUGGAAAAUAGAGAGCAAAAGGCAGGGAAGCUCCUUCCCACAGGUUUUCUAAACUGCUUGCGCGGAUUGAAAGAGCAGAAUGGAAAGCAAGGAAGAGAAGGAUCAGAAAAUACUGGAGAAAUUGGAAGAAGAGGAGGGUGAGGAGGAGGAGGAAGAAGAAUUUAGCUCCUUUAAUAUCAGCGAUGAAGUCCGUGACUUGGAGAAACAAUUGUCACAGAUCCAAGUCCAUGUUCCUGAAGUUGUCUAUGAAUUUGACUGGAGUUCCAUCGACACCUCCAAUUUGCCACUGUCAUACAGGACGAAUUCUCCCAAGGAGCAGUUGUUACUGCAGGUGGCUGAUAAUUUCUGUCGGCAGUACGUGCACCUUUGCCCAGACCGGGAGCCGCUUUUCCUGCAUCCUGUGAAUGAAUGCAAUGUGGAAAAAUUUGUGAGUACUACAGUCCGGCCAACCCUACUCCCCUACUCUGAGUUGUAUGACUGGGAUAGCUGUGCUCGUUUUGUGUCUGACUAUCUAACUAUGGAGCCCCUUCCGUCCCCUAUUGCACCGCCCAGUUACCUGUAUUCCCCAACCACGAUCCUGCGAUACCAGAGAGGGAACUGCUUUGAUUUCAGCAACCUUCUGUGUUCUCUGCUCAUUGGCGCGGGUUACGACACCUACUGCGUGAACGGCUAUGCCACCCGGGAGAUAUGCAUGAUGGAUGAGACCAAGGAGGAGUGCCCGCUAUUGCAAAAGGCAGAAGAGGUCCAGGUUGAAGCUGUAGAAAAGAAGCUGAAGAAGUAUGCGGUCAAGCCCUUGAAGGACCUGCAGAGCAAAUUUGAGCUGCAGCAGGCAGCCAAGGAGGUAGCAAAAGAGCAGGCAGCUGAGAAGAAGCGCAAAGAAGAGGAAGAAAAGACUGUGGAAAUUGAAAAGCCCAAACCAGAUUCUCUCUAUGGCUUGCGGGUCCACGCCUGGGUUCUGGUACUUUCAGGCAAGCGUGAGGUGCCAGAGAGCUUCUAUAUCGACCCUUUUACAGCAAAAAGCUACGACACCAAAGAUGAUAAUUUCCUUGGCAUUGAAAGUGUCUGGAACCACCGGAACUACUGGAUCAAUAUGCAGGACUGUUGGAACGGCUGCAAGGAUCUCGAGUUUGACCUUGGUGACCCAGUGCGAUGGGAGUUCAUGCUGCUGGGCACCGACAAGCCUCUGCUGUCACUGCCAGAAAUGGAGGAGGAUGAGGAAGCGGAAGAUGAAGUGGAAGAGCUGAAUAAGGAAGAGGAAUCCAAGGCCUUCGACAUGCCAGCAUCUUGGGUUGAACCAAUCCAAAUAACUUCAAAAGAAUUUGAGAUGCGGUGUCCCCAAGGCAAAAAGGAGAUUUUGUACAAGAACGCCAAGCUGGAAAAAUGGGCCCCUUACCUGAACAAGAACGGGCUGAUCAGCCGUCUCACUCUCUAUGAGGAUACAGAUUUUUCCAAAGUGCUGGAGGUGAAGGAAUUGUUCAAGAACCGAGAGGACAAGAUGGAGAGGAGAGAGCUGAAGAAGCAAACAGAAGUGACGACAGAAUACUUCGCGCCUGGACACGUGCAGAGCCUCAAAGUGCACACCUACAAGACGAUGGAGCCUGAGACGGAGCGCACCAUGGAGUUCUACAGUGAGACACGAGUGGAUGGCCUUCAGAAACGUGUUGAAACGGCUUUGGACAUGAUAGAAUAUUUUGAAGGGCGGUCAGAUUUCCUGUGCUACCGGCACACUGAAUUUGGCAAACGAGUGAAGAAACCUACCAACAACGCGCAGGUCAACACAGAAUCCAACGCUCGACCAAUUGUGACAAUCACAGAGAGAUUCAACAGGAAUCCAGAGAAACCAGCAGAUGAAGACGUGGCUGAACGCAUCUUUUUGAUGUCAAAGGAAAAAAUCUUCCUGACCUAUCACUACAAGGAGAAUUACAUCACUGCCUCAAAGAGGGAGUUCAACAAACGGUCAGACGUGGACAACUCUGGGAGUAAGGUCAUCAUGACCCGAGAUAUGUGCAUCAGCUAUCAGGCAGGGUUAACAGAAAAAGACGAGAAGUUGUUUCAUCUGUACGAAAUGAUGCUGAACUUAAUUGAAGAGGAGAAGCUAUCUCGGCACCAAGUCUGGGAAUCUGAGAUAGAGGUUCUGGAUAUUUUGAGGAUCCGAGAGGAAGAAGUUGCAGCCAGCAAGUUGACUGUAUCCAUUUACGAUACGGAGAGGAAUGAGAAGAGCAGAGAACAGAGAGAAUUAAUGGAACGCCUGUUGCAGGAGGAGCGUCUACGGCAGGUGGAGCAAGAUCUGGACUACCUGGCCCCUUACCUGAUCCAGAUGGGUGGAGUCGAGAAGAUGCCCAGGUGGAUGGUGAUGCGCCUCAAGGAAGACUGCCUGACCGAUUUCAAGCACCACCUCGUCGACAAGGCCAACCUCAUCCAAGCCCGUUUCGAGAAGGAAACCCAGGAGCUUCAGAAGAAGCAGCAGUGGUACCAGCAGAACCAGCUCAACAUGACCUUGGAGGAUGAGGAUGCCUACUUAAGCUUCUGCUCUGAAGCCAUGUUCCGCAUUCGCAUCUUGGAGAACCGCCUCAAUAGGCACAAGGAGAGAGCCCCCCUGAAAUAUAUAGCACUGGAAGAGAAACUAUGCAAGGAUCCUCGCUUGACCGAGUAUUUCAGAUUUUAAAUUUGAUUUACUCUAUGCCCCGAUGUCAGUGGGAGUCACCUCUGGAAACUUCAGUGAACAUCUUUCAGAAAACAAUGCAAGUUACAGGGAUCCAUUUUGUUAUUUUUUUGCAUAUUAUUAGCCUGUUUUUUCUCAAAAGAAAUAUGGGGGUCUUCAGGAAACAACUGACAUCUAUUUUCACAUUUCAAAUUUUGGUCAAGUCUGCAUAUUACAUACACAGGGGGAUAACUAGAGUGGUAUGGAUGGUUCACCAAGGGAAGGGACCCCUUUGGGUGAAUCAACAAAAUGCACAGGAGAAGUGUGCCCACGGAAACACCCCCCCCACGCACAGCUUGUCUACUCUAGUAUGCGCCAUCCUAAGCAGAGUUACUACCUUUCUAAGUCCAUUGGCUUCAGUGGAACUUAAAAGGGGGGCAACUCUGCUUGGAACAGCAUUGCAUACGAUCCCUUCCCACAAACUGGGCUCCUGUUAUGAGUGACUUCAUGUCCUGUGUGCUUCAUAUCUGUUUCCUAUGGCAGAUUUGACCCUAAUAAAUAUUCUUUCUGCA